GGCAAGGGCCGUGGGAUCAAGUGCCUGAUAUGCCAGGGCCCGCACCGCGCGGUGGACUGCCCGAAGCGGCUAAGCACCGGAGUCGACGGCAACAACAUGCAGAUGGCCACCGGGCAGGUCGGUUUCGUGGACGUCGAGACCGACGAGACGAACCACAGCAACGAGGGCAUCCCGCCGCAGGAUGGCCAGGCGGGCUGGGUACACGAGGAGAUGGUCGGCUACGCGAUUAUUGACACCGGGGCCUCCAAGAGCAUGAUCGGCCUGGACCUCGCCAUGGCGAUUCAGGACACGAUCUUGGAGGAGACGGGCAGCGACCAGGUCACGAUGGACUACAGCAAGACGACGAAGUUCACCUACGCGGGCGGCGAAAAGGGCCAGUCCAUCGGGAAGUUCGGGUUCGAGCAUCCGGUGGCGCUCGUGGAGGACGAUAAUAAGCUGUGGUUCGACCUCGUGGAAACCAAGUCCCCGAUGCUGCUCGGCCUCGACUACCUCGAGAAGUCUGGUGCUGACCUGGCCAAGGACAGGUUG